AUGGAACAUCAGCAUGCAGAAGCAGAUUCAAGCGAUGUAUCAUCGGCCAAAGCAGUUCUCCUUGGAGUUUUAGCUCCUGGUGUUAACGGUCCUACAUGGAUCACUUUAAAGUCGACUUUUUUAAUGUUGGGUCUCUGUCUUGCUGUUAUGCUGGCCUUGGCAUUCUCUUCCAGUGAUUCAUGGUUGAUGUUCCAUGUUGCAUUCUUUGUUCUAAUUUGUGUCACCCUAUUCUUCCUUCUCAGCUGGUUUCUUGCACAAACUGGUUUAGUUUCUGUUGAACAUCAAAUGCGUGAGAUGGGCUUAGAGCAAAAGGAUCAUUCAGAGAACCUAAAGAGCAAAUGA